CGGUUGCCGACCCCUGUUUGGCAACUCCGAAAAUAAAGCGAGACGGCACCUCAUCGCGUUGGCGAUGGUUCCUGGCUCCUGGAGGACGCGGAGAGCGGCUCGGAAGCGCCUUGCCCCGGCCCCCGGCGCACCCCACCCCGCCGUGCACCCCGGGUUCCGCGGGCAAGCAAGCCCCGUCCGGGCUGUCUAGGGCGGCUGUGACCAUAGGAUUCAUCGGGUUGGUGAUUGUGGCCAUCAUUGUCAUCAUUCUCCCUGUCGCCUCAGUAUGGCUGGAAAAUUAUGCCAAAAGCAUCCAAAUUCGGGACUUGCCUCGACCUGGCAGGGGUGACUGGAGGCGGCGGCGGCAGGAGCCAAGCAUCGGAGGCGAGUGCCGUCUCUCAAGUCAGAACCCCGCAGCAUUUUCGCUCUGUCUGGCCCCUUGAAAACAAACCCGCUACCAGCCCAUAUAUUUCCUGGUAAUCGAAAAUACUCACCAGACCCAGCCUACUACGGUUAUUAAGCAAAUUAUGCCAGCAGACGGGAGUAUCGUUUGCAAGCUAAGGCACGGGAUAUAUACUUUUUUUUAAAGAGGCAACAGCCAGACGCGCUUGCAGCCUCGCGAUUUGGCUCGCCCAGAGAGGUUCUCCUAGGGUUAUGUGUUACGGUCCAAUCCCGGGAAGCCAACUGGAGAGGGAAGUCAUGAAGCGCCAGGGCUGCUGCCUAUGUGACUCUUCCCCUCGAAGCAAGGUUGCUGAGGAAGAUCCUGAUAAACAAUGGCUCAGCACCGGCGACCGAUUGCUCUCCAUACUGUAUACCCGAUAGCCGCCAAAAAAAAAAAAAAAAAAAAGAGGAAAAAAGGAAAAAAAAGAAAGAAAAAUCAAACAAGAACACAAAGCCAAAUAAACAAACAGAAAAUACAAAGGAGCCCACUGAGGCUGCGUCGGGAAGGAGAAACUAGUUUUGGAGGAAGUGCUAUUCCUAGGAAAAAUUCAAGACCCUCUGCUUCAGACUCCUGCCUGGGUGCAACUUCUUAUGCGGGGGCCUGACGGUGUCAAAACUUUGAAGAUUAAUGGAUUACUUUGUUAAUGACUCAAGGCGUCAGAUUGAGGUGCUUAAAUGAUUUGUGAGGUGCAAAGCGUUUUCCUGACAGUCCCAAACAAUGAGAGAAGAGUGUGCGGGUGGAUGCGAGGAAGGCAGCAGGCUGCAGGACAAGCAGCCACACACACACACACACACACACACACACACACACACACACACACACACACACUCGCAGCCUCUCUCACAAACAUAUCCACGCACACGCACCCUCCUCCCCACCCCCGAUCAUUUCAGAUUAGGACGCCAAGGGGAUAGAUACUCGAGAUAUCAUUUCCCCCUUUAAAAAAAGUGUAAAUAAAGCCUUUCUGGCCCCCAAUGAGGCGUUCCUUCCCGACUUUUUUGGAUCAAUCAAACAGACAGUGGCUUCUUUUGAUUAAAGCCCAAAUUGUCAUUGGGCAGAGGCAAUCAUGUGACAGCCAAUUCGGUCCAAUUUCAACCUUGUCUCCAUGAAUUCAAUAGUUUAAUAGUAGCACGGUCCCCAUACGGCUGUAAUCAGUGAAUUAGAAAAAAAACACCCCACCAGCGAUCUUCUAUGCUAUAUUUUUUUCUCCUCUCUCUCCUUUUUCCUGGGCCUUCCCCUCCCCCCGAGGCCCCUGAAUCCGAGGGAACUUUUUCUCCGCGGGGGCUGCCAGUUGAAGGCCAUGAAUUUCGCAUUUGAGCGAGAGAUCGGUUUUAUCAAUAGCCAGCCAUCGCUUGCUGAGUGCCUGACAUCUUUUCCCCCUGUCGGUGAUACAUUUCAAAGUUCAUCAAUCAAGAACUCGACGCUUUCACACUCGACACUGAUUCCUCCUCCUUUCGAGCAGACCAUCCCCAGCCUGAACCCCGGCAGCCACCCUCGCCACAGCGGCGGCGGUCGCCCCAAGGCGAGCCCCCGCGGCCGCAGCUGCAGCCCGGGCCCCGCCGGCGCCCCGCCGCCCCCGGAGUACCCCUGGAUGAAAGAGAAAAAGGCGUCCAAGCGAUCCGCGCUGCCGCCCGCUUCGGCCUCCGCCUCAGCUGCUGGACCUGCCUGCCUCAGCCACAAAGACCCCCUUGAAAUCCCCGAUAGCGGUAGCGGUGGAUCUAGGCGCCUGAGGACGGCUUACACCAACACCCAGCUUUUGGAGCUAGAGAAAGAAUUUCAUUUCAACAAGUAUCUCUGUAGACCAAGGAGGGUUGAGAUUGCAGCCUUGCUGGAUCUGACUGAGAGACAAGUCAAAGUCUGGUUCCAGAACAGGAGGAUGAAGCACAAGAGACAGACCCAGUGCAAGGAGAAUCAAAACAGCGAGGGGAAAUUUAAGAACCUAGAGGACCCCGAAAAAGCAGUGGACGAGGAAGAAGAGGAGGAGGAGGAGAAAUCCCUCUUCGAGCAAGCCCUCAGCAACGUCUCCGGCGCUCUCCUGGAGCGGGAAGGCUACGCUUUCCAGCAGAAUGCCCUCUCCCAGCAGCAGGCGCAGAAUGCGCACAAUGGCGAAUCCCAAACUUUCCCCGUUUCGCCUUUAACGAGCAAUGAGAAAAAUCUGAAACAUUUUCAACAUCAGUCACCCACUGUUCAAAACUGCCUCUCAACAAUGGCCCAGAACUGUGCAGCUGGCCUGAACAAUGACAGUCCUGAGGCCCUAGAUGUCCCUUCUUUACAGGACUUUAACGUUUUCUCCACAGAUUCCUGCCUACAGCUUUCAGAUGCAGUUUCCCCCAGUUUGCCAGGAUCUCUGGACAGUCCCGUAGAUAUCUCUGCUGACAGUUUUGACUUUUUUACAGACACACUCACCACAAUUGACUUGCAGCAUCUAAAUUACUAAGAAAUUAAAGAAGUCCUCUCCAAGGGUCCUGCUUUCUCCUCCUUAUUCUUCUUAUUUUUUUCCCCCAGUGAAUUAAUUUUAUGCUUCCCCUCCCAUUCCCUCUUCACUAUUUUCUGUUUGUUACUUCCCUCUGAUAUGCCAUUUUGCCGUUUCUUAUGAAGUUUUAGUUGUGUUCAAUUUUAACCUAGCCACAUUCUAGGUCCUUCUAUGAAAGCAAUAUAUGAGGUCUGUAAGAAAGUGAUCAUAUAGGAAUGUAUCUUCACUUUCUUUUUAUUUUUGUAUUACAUUAGGAUGCGUUGUCAUAAGUAUUUUUGGUAGAAUAAAUUCUUGUUUGCUACAAGGAGCUUUCUCUUUUUUCUUUCCCUUUCUCCUCUCUUUCUCUCUGCUUUCAAGAUGAAUAACAUGACGGGUAUCUCUCCCCAUCCCUUCCACUAUUAAUUUACUAAUAAUCAAAAUCCAACCUUCUGACAAUGAGGUCUUCCCUUUUGGCAAUUUAGGACACUCGUUAGAGAGGAAAAAUCUUUCAUUUUCUUUAUUAUAAGGAUUCUCAUAAGGGAAGGAAAAAAAACCAAAAAAAUUAAAACCGUUCACAGAUUUGAUGGAGAUUUGUUCCUUUUAAUGUAUAAAUGUGGCAUCUUAUCUCUGUGAGGAUACAAAGCUUGGAAAUCCUGAGCUGUAACAAAAGCAUGAACGAGGACUUUCUCUGUUACAGGCAGAACGUAACAGAGAGUCAGUAGGAUAAGCAUCUCCUGCAGAAACCAGCCUGUUACAUGAACGAAAGGUGCUUUAAAAAAAUUAAAAUAAUCCAGUUUUUCUAGAAAGUAGUGCUUAGCAGCCAGCAAGAUAUUUCAGAAAACGUAUCCUAAAA